AUGGCGACAGAAAAGGCGUACGAGGACACAACCACCCCGCUCGGGUCCCUCCAGGAGGAGAUUUCCAGCAUCAUCGAGACGUUUGUGCAUCUUGGCGUGCAAGUGCACGAUUUCCAGGGCACGCAGGAGGCCAAGCUCGGCUUGGCAAACCACAUCAACAAGACGAUCUCCAAGUUGCACGACGUGAGCUCGCGCGACGACCUGCGGGACAUCAUGAUUCCCACCGACCUGUUGAACUACAUUCAGGACGGGCGAAACCCGGACAUCUACACAAGGGAGUUCGUCGAGGUGGUGAGGAAAAUCAACCAGUACCUGAACGGCAAGUCGCUCGCCUUUGAGAACUUCAGGGACACGCUAGCGGCGUCAAUCAAGCAGGAGUUCCCCGAGCUUGCGCCCGAGGUGGACUCCAUCAAGGCAAAGACCAGCGUCUCCGCCAGCCUGGAGGACGCUGCAAGAUAG